UACACAUUGCUAAGUCAUUUCCCAUCAUGGAUGCAUUGAGCUGUGAUUUAUACAACAUGGAACUCGUCGAACUUGUCGAAAACAUCGAAUCAAUGGAACUGAUGUCAUCGCAACAUGACGAAGAACUUUACGAGCUCUGUGAUAAAAUGGAACAAACACAAGUCGAAACAACUAUUCAGAAAGGAGAUGGCAGCAGGAAGAGAUCAGCGUCGACGUUACUGAGUGGAGAGGAAAUAAAGAGGAAGAAAAAGCUUCACCUUGUAGCCCCAUCGACAUUAUCAUCAUCAACAAACAAUACUGUAAGUACAGAAUUUGAUGAUAAAAUUGAAUGUCCUCAAUGUCAAGUACAUGUGUUAAAAAAAUAUCUGACCAACCACGUAAAGAGCAAUACACAUAAAAAUAAUGUAAUCAGAAGGGAUAAUGAUUUUUCUAAUGUUCAAUUGAUUGAUAGCGCUUUCGGUAAUAGACUUGUUACAUACAGAGUGAAAUCUAAUUUCAUUUCAGACCAUUUGUUUGAAACACCUGAAUUAUUUUUGAAAAAUAUUACAAGCGUUAUGUAUAAACUACUAGAACGAUCUAUCCUUGAACACUCUGUUGUAAAAGUUAAUUUUAUUCUCAAUGCUAACUUUAUACAAGAAACAAAAAUCUACGUAAUACUUUUGACUUUCAGAUAUCUAAUUAUCUUUUUGUCAAGGGGAUGA